AUGGACGCAACUGACAAUGCCGGACGGAAUUCUAAACGUAACCGUCGUGUGGAUCAAGGUACACAAGACGAGAGAACUGUCUUAGUGGUCCCUCGGGAAAUGCGCACAGAUCUGUUAAAACUUGCACAUGACGAUCCUAGCUCAGGACACAUGGGGAUCAACCGUUGUGUGGAACGAUUACAACAAAAAUACUAUUGGCCAGGUAUGACUUCAGAAGUUCAGUUGUGGGUGGCCGAAUGUGAGCAAUGUAAUCGCCGCAAGACACCUGCAGUAACCACAAGGGCCGAUGAAAAGCAACGAAGUCGUAAAAUCAAUGGAACUGUGGGCAAUGGAUAUCCUCGGUCCCCUCCAUAUUACUGCUGGAGAAAAUUAACCAGUAUGUUUUGGUCAUGUCCGACCAUUUCAGUAAAUGGGUAGAAGCAGUACCAUUACCAAACCAGAGAGCAGAGACGGUCGCAAGAGCAUUUGUGGAUGAGGUAAUUGCUCGCCAUGGCGUUCCAACCAAGUUGAUAACGGACCAGGGACGGAACUUUGAGGCAGACCUUGUGAAGGUGUUUGAAAUUCUAGGGGUGAAGAAGUUACGUACGUCACCUUAUCAUCCCCAAACAGAUGGUCAGGUAGAGAGACUAAACCGGACUUUGGAGUGGAUACUUACAAUCUAUGUUAAUCAGGAUCAUAACGACUGGGAUAUCCACCUACCACUGGCUCUAUUCGCCUACCAAAAUAGCGUGCAUGCAUCUUCUGGCGUGUCUCCUCUCCGUGCAGUUUAUGGUCGCGAGGCGACAACACCACUGAUACUCUUAAGCUCGACGACGGAAACGAAGAAGCAACUAAUUUCAAACUAUAGUGAUGAGUUAGAGAACACGCCGAAAGAUGUGCAUAACAUAAUUUCUCGCCGUAUAAGUCUUGCACAACAGAAGCAGGAGAAGAAUUACGAUCAGCAACACAAAACAGACAAAUGUACUGAGUUAAAGGAAGGCGAUCGGGUAUGGUUAAAUAACCGAGCAGUCCCAAAAGGAUUGAGCCGCAGGUUCCAUUUUCAGUGGGCUGGACCUUACGUGGUUUUAGGUUGAAUCUGGAAAAGGAAAAAUGGUACACCGAAACCGUCUUAAGUUGGACAAGAAACAAUCAAGAGGUAAUUGCAUUGAAAGAUCCGAGGAAAAACAGCCGGAUGCGACUACGUACGAGCCUGAGGUACUUCACCAAGAAAUCCCUGCAGGUACACUUGUAGAACCGGCUCCCUUACGGCGCUCAGCACGUAAUCGCAGACAGCCUGAAAGAUACCAAGGCUAACGCCCGUAUUCUAAAAGCUCACUCACACUCACUCACACUCACAUUCACACUCACACUCAAUGAGUGAAGGUUCAAUCUGAGCUUUUCUUGAGUGUCAAUGCUGUUUUUGAAUAGCGGGAGGGUGAGUAGUCACACAGUAAGGUACGACACUAACCCUCCAGCUAUUCAAAAACAGCAUUGACACUCAAGAGAAGCUCAGAUUGAACCUCCACUCAUUGAGUGUGAGUGAGCUUGUAGAAUACGGGCGUAUGACUAAAUGGAUGUUGAGAUCGAGGACACUUUCCGCUAAAAGAGAGAGUAAUGUAAUAUGCAGUGACAUGAAGUAGCAUACAUGAGAUAUAGACCGUGGGCCAUAGGCCUAGCCAGUGCGCUUAUGAGAGGCAUUACCCCCCUGGACGUCUGCCAUUCCAGUGAAUGCUUCUCAAACGCGCACUGGCUAGGCCCAUGGCGUCAACAUUUUGAUGACGAAUUACGGUUACGGCAAAAUCAUUGGAAAAUCAUAGGAAAAACCAAGAAGUUGGGCUUCUGUGUAGUCCAUUCUGUGCCGUGGGCUCAGGGACGUCGUUUUUGAUCAGUGUUUUUGUGUAAGAGAUAAAGUGUAAAAAGAAAUAUAGAUUAAAGCAGUGUUUGUAUAAGUCGUUUUAUACUACAAUAUUUUACAAGCAGAAGUGUCUUUAACGACCUUUUUUAAAUUAAUUUGAGCUUUCAAAGUCUUCAGCGUAAACUUUUGCACCAGUUUUCGUUCUCAAAUAAAUCGUUGUUCAUGCUGACAAAUCAUGGCGUAGGUUUUGGUAUAUUAAGCUAUGCCUAUUUUGUAUGGCCUUCCCAUGAGGCAUGAGGACAUGUGGACAUUACUCAGUCCCCUCUACAGGCCCUCAUGCCUGCAUAAUGGAAGGUCACAAUUUCUAGAGGGCCUGCAGAAUUUUGUAAACAACAUGGGCACUCUUGCUUAUGCCAUAACCUAUGCCAACAAAGCAUUUUGUACUUUAUUAUUGCAUACUUAAAUAAAAAAAUAAUGACUAAUAUUUUACAAGAUUCCGCAGGCACCGCAGGAAUUAUAUGUGACCUUCUCAUGGUGAAGAAGGACCUGUAGAGGGAGGGGGCAGAAAAUUACUUGCCACAGGAGACUCGAACGAGUCAAAAUGCCCUUAUAAAUUCACCAUUUUGUGGUGACAAAACUUUGAUCUAUUAUUUCUAUGAACACGAUUACGAUAAGAUUAGAAUUAUGGUAAUAGGAAAGGUUUAGAAAUAAACCAUAAGAUUUAUGAUUUGGAUUUUAUGGUAGAGAGAGGGUAUGUAUGGGUUUUAUUAAGGAUAAAAUAAUAAUAGUUAAUAGGAAAUGUUUGGAUUAGGCCUGAGAUCAAGGUAAAGGUAAGGUAAGAUUAGGACAGAGUUAAACUAUUUGAUAGGGUCGCUAUCAAGAGCAGCUGAAGUCUAUUUUCAUUUAUUAAUCGCCAUUACUCUCAUUUAUACAUAAGGUACCGUUCAUUUUAUAGCUGGGAGGGAGGGUGGGCCACCCGAAAAAAAGAGACCAAAAAGCAAGCGGGGGAAUAUUGCCAAAAGGGGGCCACGGGAAAAUAUUUGAAGAUUUAACCAUGAUCGACUGAAAUCACACCGAUUUUCUCAAAUCAAGUAUCAUUUUUUAAAAGAGAUUUUACAAAUUCUGCACCCUGUAUUUUGUAUGUGAACAGACAAUCCCUUUUUGAAAUAACAAAACAAAGUUUACAAACAACAAUAAUUGAUUCUACAGGUUUAAGUCCGAUUGUGCAAAACAUGCCACCAGUUAUUACUUAUCAGCUGCAUCAACAUCGCCUUCACCCUGCUGCUGUCAUCUGCCACAACACUUUCGAAAUUGGUCUCGCUUGCAUCAUAUCCUCUGAUUCAUCUUGUCCCACAAUCAACCUCAUUCUACUGUUCAGGAUAAAGAAUGGGAAACCAUCCUGA